AUGGACGUCGCCCGAAUUCGAAAUCUGUCGGUCGUUGAUUAUGGCUCCCUUGUUCAGCUCCAGCGGCCGCUCGGCAAGCCAGGGGGGUCCAAAGUCAAAUACAGCUGCUACAUAUCGCGCGAUAACCCAGCGGAUGUCCUCCCCCCUGUUCGUCUCGGAGCCCGCGGAGCAGGAGCUCGAUCGAUUUUCGUUGUUGAAGCCAGCCUCGAUGAGCAGCUGAGCCGAAAGGAGGGAAUAGCGAGAAACUCAAUUGCGCCCCAUUGUCUUGUUAUCGAUUGCAAUGGAUGUCAUCUGGAUGGAUUCUCUCCCCUCUUCUACUACUACUACUUCUUCAUCUUCUUCUUUUUCCUCGUCCCAUCUUCUCUCCCCUGCCACUUCAUUCUCGCAACCAACAUCGGCUUUCUCUCGCUUCUCUCCACGAUUGCGACUCGUCGCCUACCGAUCCAUCCAACAACUCCCGCAUCAGGGGCCGUGCCAGCCGAACCCGGGUCCAGCGGUCACUCGACCAGGCCAAAACAAUACAAUCCAUUGGACGUUAUCACGGCAGUGCUACCAUUAUGCUCGCGACCAUGGCGCAACUCAACUCUUGGCCCAGCCGCUGCUCGCCCAGGCAAUGAAGGCCCUGCGCCAUGCUUGAUCUCCUUUCGACAGUCGCCAGGCAUCGUCAUUGGCCGGCGCUCUCCCAUGCCCAGCUUCUCUGGUCCCCCUUGCAUCUCCGCCCCAGAACCCAACAUCGGCUCUAGGCCCAAAAGGACGAGAAUGCAGCAAAUGCCGCCCGUUUUCUUCCAUUCCAGCGAUGCGACGUUGCCGAAUCUCGCAACGUUACCGAACUUCGCACAGCUUCCCAGCUUCCAGGUAGUCGAACCACGGGACACACCCAACCCUCAAAAGGGGACCAAGAAAAACACAUUCUCAAUCAAUGCUAGCCUCCCGUAA